AUGCCAAAGGACCUGGCGAAGAAGGUGUUGAGCGUGGACGGCGGCUUGAUUAGGGCGGUUAAGGCCGCCACACUCCGUGAUGUGAAUGCGUUCAACGCGUCGAUUCGCACGAGCUCGAAGGCCGCUGCGGGCACAGACGCUCUGUACAAGGCGGAUAAGGGCGUGGAUGCGAUGUGGCACCCUCGAGAUGAAUGCAGUAGCGAGUCCGAGCGUCCAUGUAAAAGGCAAAAGGUGUGGGUCCAGUUGAUGGACGAGAGGACCCACGACGUAUUCGCCGAUACCAGUCUGCAGUUGGUGACUUUGCGAGAAGACGACGGUAUCAUCGUCGAAGUCGCCGAAGCGGCCCAGGCAUUGUACGAUGAGGAGCAACCAGUAGGGAAGAAUUGCCUCGGCCACGUGCUACCGUCGCAGCUGACGGUGUACUAA